AGUUGGAUCCAGACUAAGGCACACACUUACCUGGGAGUAAGGAUAUAUUACUUCUGAGUACACAGUUAUGACAUACCAUGUGCCACCUGUGGAUUACAAGUGUAGCCCUUUGGAUGUUACCGAUGGUGGUCAAUGGGGAAGAAAUUAUUCACACAAGAGCUCCAUUGUUUCCUCUCAAACCAUUUAUAGUGGUUUGGAAUGCACCUACUGAACAGUGCCAGCGGCUGUACAAGGUGGAUUUAGACCUUAAAGUCUUUAACAUUCUAACAAAUCCAAAUGAGACCUUGAGUGGUUCCAGUGUGACAAUAUUUUAUCACACUGAUCUAGGGUACUAUCCCCAUAUAGAUGACAAUGGCAAAUCCAUCAAUGGAGGAGUGCCACAGAAUGAGAGCCUCGUCAAGCACCUCAUGAAAGCCAAGUCUGAUAUUGAGCAUGCCAUAGCUAUGAAGAAAUUCCAUGGACUUGGAGUCAUUGAUUGGGAAAACUGGAGACCCCAGUGGGACAGGAACUGGGGCAGUAAAGUCAUUUACAGAAAUAAGUCUCUUGAGCUUGUUAGAAAGCUGCAUCCUCAGUGGUCUGAGAUUCAAACUAAGAAAGUUGCUAAGGAAGAAUUUGAAAAUGCAGGGAAGAGUUUUAUGAACAACACCCUUUCCCUAGCUGAAGAUAUAAGACCAAAUGGACUCUGGGGUUACUAUCUAUACCCAGACUGCUACAAUUAUGAUUACAAAAACCAUCCAGAUAGAUACACAGGCAAAUGUCCAGCCAUUGAAUCAUUGCGGAAUGAUCAACUGCUUUGGCUGUGGAAAGAAAGUACUGCCCUUUAUCCUUCCAUAUAUCUGGAGCCCAUGCUGAAGUCAAGCCCAAAUGCUUUGAAAUUUGUACACUAUCGGGUUAAGGAAGCAAUACGCAUUGCUUCCAUGGCUAGACAAGACUAUGCUUUGCCUGUUUUUGUGUAUGCUAGGCCAUAUUACACCUAUACGCUCGAUGCUUUGACAGAGGAUGACUUGGUGAACACUAUUGGUGAGAGUGCAGCGUUGGGGGCAGCAGGAGUAAUCUUUUGGGGAAGCAUACGGUAUGCCAGUUCUAAUGUCAACUGUCUAGCUGUGAAAAACUAUGUAAAUGGUCUUUUGGGACAUUACAUCAUUAAUGUGACCUCUGCAGCCAAGCUCUGCAGCGAAGUUCUCUGUAAGAAGAAUGGAAGAUGCAUUCGUAAAAACAGUGAAUCAGAUGCCUAUCUGCAUUUGCCUUCCCACAGUUUUAAGAUUUGGUUCAAUAUUUCUGAAACAGAGAGAAGAGUAGUUGUGGAACGAAAUCUAAAGCAGGAGGACAUAGCGGCCAUGAAAGAGAAAUUCACCUGUCAGUGUUACCAGGGUUGGAUAGGGUUAUUUUGUGAACAGCCUUCUAAUGCAGAAAGGUGCAAACCAGAUUGA